AUGCUUCAGCGUUCCAAGUAUAACCGCUUCAGGAAUGAUUCGAUGACAUCAGUGGAUGAUAUUGUCCAUAACUGGUCCAUCAACAGCAAGUUCUCCUCAACAGAUACCACCUCAGCAUCUUCACCAUAUCUGGACUCACCUGAGAACCUCCAGAAAGAGCAUGAUGGACACACCACCCUUUCCACUCUUGUGCCUAAAGCGUCCCACUUAAAACUCUCCUCCACAGGCAGCCUUUGGGGCAUCAAGAGCCUCUCCUCUGCAGUGAAAGAGCUGGCUGUGUCCAAGUUGCAGAGUAGCUCAGCAGCAGAGACCUCAGACAACAUAUGUAGCCUUGCUACUUCCACCCUGUCUUCUCAGCAGGACAAGAACAAGAUGAAUACCGGAAAAAAAUCAUGGUCGGAGGAAAUCACUAUCAACAAAGUACCCCAAGGGUGGCUGCAUUCAAAUGAGAAGAUCCUAGGACCUGGAGUGAUGUACAUUGUGAAGUAUUUGGGAUGUAUAGAGGUCUUGCGGUCCAUGAAAUCUCUGGAUUUUAAUACUAGAACACAGAUUACAAGAGAAGCAAUUGGCCUUGUUUGUGAAGCUGUGCCAGGAACCAAAGGAGCUUUUAAAAAAAGAAAGCCACCAAGUAAAGCUCUCUCUAAUAUUCUGGGGAAGAGCAAUCUUCAGUUUGCUGGAAUGAACAUCAGUCUGAAUAUAUCCACUAGCAGCUUAAAUCUGAUGACUCCUGACUGCAAGCAGAUUAUAGCAAACCAUCAUAUGCAAUCUAUUUCUUUUGCAUCUGGAGUAGAUGUGGAUACAACAGACUAUGUUGCAUAUGUAGCUAAGGAUCCUGUUAAUCACAGAGCAUGUCAUAUUCUUGAAUGUUGUGAUGGUCUUGCCCAGGAUAUAAUCAGCACCAUAGGGCAAGCAUUUGAACUUCGUUUUAAGCAAUAUUUGCAGUGCCCUUCUAAGAUUCCAGCACUUCAAGGCAGGAUGCAAAGUUUGGAUGAACUGUGGAUGGAAGAAGACAGUGAAGUGGCAGAACAUCCCUACUACAAUAAUUUCCCAAACAAAACGCAUCCCACUGGGGGCCUAGUGGACGAAAGAGUCAAGGUCAAAAUCCCCCCUAUUUCAGAUCCUGCUCAGUCUGCCUCAGCAUUGGGAAAAGAGCAAACAUACUACCAGAGACAGCACAUUAGAAACCUAUGUGGUGAAGACCGGCAACAGGCACCCAGCAGGCAAGGGUCUUUGGACAUUUACAGUAUGCCAGAAGGAAAAUCCAAUGUUGAUCCAUCAAAGGAGAUGCCAAUGUAUGUGAAUACACGACAUAUAAAUAUGGAAACUCUACAUGCUCUUCAGACAGAGGCUGAACAUUUACCAGGAAAAGAUCUUUUUGACAUGAGCCCUUUUGAAGAUGCUCUCAAGAAUCAAAUGCCUGGGCCUGUUUUGAAUAAGGCUACCUCAUUUGAAUGUACCAGUCCUCUCCUUUCCAGAGCAAGUGGGGCAGCUGUAGCUGAAGAACUGAGCACUGAGCCCUGGUAUCAAGGAGAAAUGACCAGGAAAGAAGCAGAAGAGCUCUUAAAGAAAAGUGGAGACUUUCUGGUUAGGAAAAGUACCUCCAAUCCAGGAUCCUAUGUACUCACUGGAUUACAGAAUGGACAAGCCAAGCAUCUUCUGUUAGUAGACCCUGAAGGAGUUAUUCGUACAAAGGAUCGUACCUUUGACAGCAUUAGCCACCUGAUCAAGCAUCAUCUUGAGCACAAUUUGCCCAUUGUUUCUUCUGGAACUGAACUCUGCCUCCAACAGCCUGCUGAAAAAACCCAGUGA